UUUUUGUGGGCUUUUGCAGAGCAGUUGUGUCAUGGCCGUUUGUUGGGUCUGUGUAUUUUCGUCUGGUAGGCACUGGAAGACGUGAGUUUUUGUUGCUUGCGAUUUCUUUGAACGGCUUCUUGGUCCGUUCGUCGAUUUUUACCUACUAGUUGUGACUUUGGUUAUUCUAUCUAUCAUUGGAUGAGAAAAUUUUAUAAACGCCCUACAGUAACCUAAUUUAGUGAUCUACAACACGUCACUUGGGUAGUAAAAUCGUGACACAAAGAAGGUUUUCCUAAGCCAUCAAGCUGGAUAACGACGGUCGAGCCAUGAACGGACUUGGUGUCCGAGAGCUUUGCUGUCUUUUUUGUUGUCCUCCUUGGCCAUCAAAAAUCGCGGCAAAGCUAGCCUUCCUCCCGCCUGAGCCAACCUACACAUUUGUGGAAGAGAAUGGAGCAAAGCAAGCUAUUUGCCUUUCUGAUCGAGCAGAGUGGCAAUACUCUGAAAGGGAAAAGGAAAAUAUUGAGGUUUUCUACACACGUACUUCCAGACAAAACCGGAUAGCUUGCAUGUUUAUCAGGUGUACACCAAAUGCUCGUUACACAAUUUUAUUUUCCCAUGGAAACGCAGUUGAUUUGGGCCAAAUGAGUAGCUUUUAUUUAGGAUUGGGAACAAGGAUCAAUUGUAACAUAUUCAGUUAUGACUAUACCGGGUAUGGCAUGAGCACAACAGGAAAGCCUUCAGAGAAAAAUCUCUAUGCAGAUAUUGAUGCUGCAUGGCAUGCAUUGAGGACUAGAUAUGGGAUAUCACCAGAAAAUGUGAUUCUGUAUGGUCAAAGUAUUGGUACAGUUCCAACUGUUGAUUUGGCGUCUCGGUAUGAAGUUGGCGCUGUUAUUUUACAUUCUCCCUUAAUGUCGGGUAUGCGUGUCGCUUUUCCCAAGACGCAGCGCACCUGGUGUUUUGACGCUUUUCCAAGCAUCGACAAAGUCUCGAAAAUCACAUCGCCAGUGCUAGUGAUCCAUGGAACGGAGGACGAAGUGAUUGAUUUUUCCCAUGGCCUCGCUAUCCACGAUAAGUGCCCCAAAGCCGUAGAGCCCUUGUGGGUUGAGGGCGCUGGUCACAAUGACGUUGAAUUGUACAGCCAAUAUUUGGACCGUCUGAAACAGUUUGUAUCUGUCGAAUUGGCCAAUUGACAGGUGUCUUUGGCCAUCGAUGGGAACAGUGCCAGCACCACCUCCAACACGUCCACCGACGGUUGUCUCAUCCUGGUACCCGAACGAGCCACCCCAAAAAAGGAAUCAAUGAACCCAACAGAAAAACUUCUCUAAACAUGAAGGAAACCUGAGAAGACUUUCAGGAUGCUGUUUUUCAACUCGUAUCUUCGACAUCUUCUUCCCCUCUCCGGAGUUUUUUGAACAAUAUACCGCUUUGAGACGAGCAAUCUCCCUGCAGUCGGCACUUCUCUGGGCUGCGUUGGUUACGGCUUUGGCGCGAGAGGCAUACCUAGUUGAAAGCCGCAAUGGAAGCGGUGACGAAGAGAAGUGUUUUGGCGUUUCCGCCCAACGAGUCUUGCAUCAGCAUCGUCAGCUUGCUAUUUCUGUAAGGCGUAUGCGGUUGCUCACUGGCCAAAGCUGAAAUCACAUCACCCAGAGUUGAUAACGAUUUGUUGAUGGAGGAAGCUUCUCGCAGCUGGUCCCCGGAUGAUCCCGAUUUGGCGAAACGCUCGCUGCCAGCCAGAUCAAGUAAGCUAACCUUACCCCGUAUGACAGUACCAUGCAACCGGCUCGUACAUUCAAUGUUGAUGCUAACAAUCAGAUGGGAACGGCUGCUACGAUCGUUCAUGCGUGUCGAGCCUGUGUGUCUAGAGUGGAGGCCACGGUAGAACAGAUCUGACAGCUGGUUUGCGUCGGUAACGGGUGAAAUGCGGGAUCCCUGUACCCAAACAAUUCCACGCUUGUCUUUUUUUAUUUCCAACUUUACCUGAUUGUAAUCGAAAUAAGCAUUAGUUAUAUGCUGCAAGGAAAUGCAAAGUGAAAACCUGCAUGUAAGUACCUCUGUCUGAUCGGCCAAGCGCAAGAGAUCGAUGAGCUUGUCGUUGUAAAGUUCUAGCAUAGAGCAAGAAACUUGGACGUCAAAUUGGGCUUGAUGGUCUUCAGUUAACUGGAAGAUGCGUUCAAAGGUACGAGUUGCCAAACCGGGUUGAAUAUCAUCACCGAUAAUCGUGUGCGUUUUCCCACUACCGGUCUGGCCGUAAGCACAUAUACAAACAUUGUAACCGUCGAAAGCUGACUGCACAAGUGUCUGGAUUCCCCAAAGCGAUGGAAAAACACGAGAAGAGUAAGUCAAGGAGCAGUGCGUGAAGUUUCGAUAAAUAUUUACAUGCGUAUCUUCAAAAACGGUUUCUUGCGUGUCUUCUGGUAGAAACACGCGAUCGAAGUGGAACUCUUUGGGUCCCUUUGGGGUGUUUAUGACGAGCGUGUAGGGAUCAACGACAUCGGCAACCGAGUGCUGAACUCUCUGCUCAGCAGGAGUCAUCGGUCUAAGUCGGCAGUAAACUCUAAUUUUACCUUUGAGAUCUUCGAUCGUAUUGAAAUACUUCUUGCGCAGGACUCUUUCCCGAUUGAUGUCUUCCACUAAGAGCUUGUUAGCCUCCAUAGCUUGUUGAAGCUCCCGACCUACUUGUUCUAACUUCUCCAUGUUACUCUCUCUAUCCCGGUAGAUGGCUUCAGUUACUUCGGACUUGAGACGUAUGUUCUCCUCUUGUAGGUUUUCUAGGUCGCGUUUCAUUACGGAGAAUUCUUCUUCUUUCGUUUCCAGAUAUUGUUCGAAAGCCGCCAGUCUUUCAUUCUUAUGUUCCAAUUCUUGUUCCAUGUGAGUGACGUGUCGUUCGAGUUCUUCUAGGUUGGGAACUUCAGGUAGGGAAUUGGAUUGGCGUAACACCUUCUCCAAUUGCUCUAUUCUGACUUUGUAUUCAUUUUCUUUCUGCUGCAAUUCGGUGAUCAGACCGCGCAUUUGUACAAAUUCUUUGUUUUCAGUCACCUGAUUGUAUAGGAAAGCGGUGGUUAUUCAUAAUCAUGAUCAUUCAGAAUUUAACUAUAGAAACUUGUUUUUCUUCAAGUUAUAUACGAGCGACAUACUUUGUAGGUCCGCUUUCGUUGGAUGUUAUCGUCGCUGCUUACAAACGUCUUCUCAUGAAUGUGCUGCUCUGUUAAUUGGUACGCUCUUAAUACCUCGAUGUUGGCCUAAAUGAAUGUGAAGAUCACGACUUGGGUCACGUGUGAAAAGGCAAUCGUACAGAAUAACUUUAAUGGAUCUCGUACCGUUAGAUUGUCGAUGACCAUUUGCAAUUCUUUGUUUUUUCUAUCAAGCUCCUUCUGUUAACGAAAAAAGGGAGAAGCAUGCGUGACGGAGCAAGUGCUUUAAAUGCCUCUCGUUUCCGUGACUUGGGAACGAAAAAUUAUUGAUCCAUGCAUUGUUGAAUAUAUAUACAUACGUUGAUCAUGUCGCGUUGUGUGGCUUCGGCUCUCGCUUUGUCAACGGCGGGUUCCAAUUCAGCGAUCGUCGACCGCAGCUGUGUGAUGAUUUUGUCUCUUGAUUGCACUUCGCUCCACAAAUGUUUGUUUUCACUGUUGGCCACUGAUGGUGACUCUAUCGACGAGCAGGUGGAGGUGUUAUCCCCUGGAUGACUCUCCCGGAUGGUAGCUGCUGACUCUUGACUAUGGCUCACGAAAAGUCAAGUUGAAAGUUCUUCCGUUUUGCAAUGCUGGCUUGCGCACUCACUUACCUGGGUGUACUGCUGCUACGCCAGGUCCAACUCUUGAGAGCGACGCUAGGUUUCAUUUGAACGCUGUCUGAAUCUCUGUCACGGUCGCUGAUAAGCUCUGAAGAAAAUUCAGCGUCGCCUAGAUCGUCUCCGUGACCUGAAUCUCUCCAUUCUAGUUCCUCUUUGAGUCUUGUUAUUCACCGUUAACAGAAAUAGUAAAUGACAGCAAUGAAUUUCAAAUACUCUUUUCGUUGAUUCGUUCAAUUCUUUGUGCUUGCAAACCGUAUUGGAAUUUUUGAACUCGAGUUAUUGAACGGCCAAGAGCGACUGAACUAUCUUAGUAAAAAAAUAUAACAGGAAGUACCGUUGGUAUUGCUUCCGCAAUAGUUCGUAAUCACGCCGACUGGCUUGUUGAGCUAGUCGUUCCAGUUGUAAUAAGGCCAGCAAAUCGCUUUCGUUGGAUGAUGCUUCCGUGUUUGUUUUUUUAUCACCGACUUUCUUUGGCCGUAUUGUUCCACUGACAUUCUGAAUCGAUGGCGUAACCUCUUGCACCGGUUCCAAGGAAUCCGGUUCGUCCGUUUCGGAGUUGAUUUCGGUGCCAGAAGGAACUAAUUAUUUAUUUUGUUUCAUUUUAAAUAUUUUGUUUUUGCCGUAAAUAGAAUAUUAGCCAACAAAAAGAACACUAAUAGUACAACGAAAUUGUUAGACGACGAUACGCUUUCGUGAUUCGUUCCUAAUCAUUUGUGAAUAAAUUUACGAUCCUUGUGUAAAUAGCAAUAAAUCAAACUUUUGUAGUUGCCAAGUCACGCUACACAGGUUUGGUUUGAAGCAUUUCGCUGGAAAUCACGAGUACCCAAAAACAACGUACAAGGAAAACGGCUUACCAGCAGGAAGGACUUGUUGAACUGCUUUAAGCACCUCCAACCGUCCAGUCAACGUGGCCAGCCGCUGAUCGACAAUGAGCAAUUGCUUUUUUAAUGAUUCGAUAUCCGCUCCAGCUUUAUCACCGUCCACUCGCCUACCACUGGAAGAAAACGAAUAGGAUGAGUGAGACAAACGGAACAAACUGAUUCCGUCCGGCACAACGUGAACCGCCGGACACAUCACUGGAUGGAGGAACAUCCCCGUUCAAAUAGAGGCGACGGACUGGUAGUUUAGUGAUGCUCUUCAACUACUCUUGUAUAUCGCACGUACAACUCUGGGUAGCCAGUGGUAUGUACCCAUAUGUUCUUUUUACCUCCGUGUUGGCUUCCUCCACUGCCACGGAUGACUUGCAAUCUAUGCCGUAUGCCUUUUCGACCGUGACGGUGAGACGGUCGACAUUGUUACCCGGAUGGAUCAACUUUGGCGGCUUCUGCAAACAGAAGCUUUGCAAAGGGGCGUUCCGACUACGCUGCAUCUGUUGGAUACGGUCAGCUGCCUACUAGAUAAUUUUCUUCCGAAAGGAGCUACACACCCUUUUUAUGUAUGCUGAUGAAGCACCUGCUGCUUUCUAAAAGCUUGGUUCAAGGUCCUAUCGACCCCUUUCCCCUCCCAUUGCCGCACGCUCUUGUUCAUCAAUCUUUGACGAAACGAGAAAGAAAAAAAUGUGUUCCACUCGAUGGAAUUGAAUCUUUUACACAAAAGGAGAUAAAGAGAACAAGGCGAUCUGCCCAACUGAGCUAACUAUUUGUAUUCCUUUGAUUUCCUGUUUGCCUGACUAGUCUUUUCUCUUGUAUUUUCAGGACCGAGCCCUUGCAUCAGUUCAAGCUGAACGACGACCAGUAAAAAAAAAAAAAAAGGCUAACGUGACACAAAAUAUCGAUUUACCUGUGAUUAUAAUUUGAAGCAGCUUCUGAUACUGCAGUAAUGGAUUGCUGUCGAUGCUCUUGAAUCGUCUGGCGUAUUAAAAUGUGUUCCAGUCUA